CUUCAACAACUUCACCAUGGCGACAAGUAAAUAUCUCUUUUGCCCCUCUUUCUGAAUCAGGUAUCUUUUGUUACGACCUCAUCAUACCGCGUUUUCACCACACCCUCAUCUGACCUUGACCUUCAUCUCAUCGAGGUCCUUAUACUCCUUUCGUCUCAACUUCCACCUCUCCCACACUUACCUUUCGCACCUUCUCAAUUUUGAGUCUAGCACCUCACAAUGGAUAGUGGUGAGUGCCCUCCCACUAAAUCCCCAAUGACGCGUGGUUCAAAAUUGCAAGGGAGAUUCAAAUGGACCCGCGAAAGACUCAUUUCCUACCUCGGUGGAGAUGAGAACGAUCUGGGUAUCCUCAAAGUCGAACUGACUGACCUGCUACUGGAGCACGACAAGAUGUAUCUUUCCUGCAGAACCAGAGACGGCAGAGCCCAACAGAGAAAGUUCAUCUUAGCCAAUAUAACCAAGAUCCGACCCUAUGUCCAAGACUGCAACCUCCGACGUUUGGAAGGUCUCAUGGGAUUGGCCCGCGUAGUCAAGAGAACCUACAAGGCGGGCGAGCGGUACAAAUCGGUUACUGCACAGAUGAGCCAGAGCCGCCAGGAUGAUGGAGAAAAGAACAAUGGUACAGAGGGUGAACUGAAGGACAAGACCGACAUUAUGGUGUUCACCCCCAUUCCCACCCCUACCCCUACCCCUACCUUGAACACCCCCAAGCCCAACCAACCCAUCAAACCCAAACCCCAACUCCCCCGAACCAUAGCCAAAGCCCGGAAUCUCCUCGCCAAAAGACAAGUCCCAACCCACCAAUUUCCAGAUUUUGGCCUCAACCUCCUCGCUCGGAACAUCUGGGUCGUGAACGAGACAGAUCCCAACAGACACGGAUUAUGUGCAAUCCAGGAACUUCAAAUCGGGCCUUACUAUCCCACUGACAGGAUCCCAUGUCUAACUGACCUCAACUUCAUCGAAUGGGUGAUAACUACAAAGGAGCAGUGUGGUUACAACGAGGAACUCCAUCGCUUGGAGUAUCGGCCUUCGGCUACGGUUUCCCCCUUGGUGGUGUCGGGUCAGGUCCUCACCGUGCCUGUUGUCUCGUUGAGACAGUGGCGUGGUGCGCUGAAUGCGCAGUUACGGGAUAACCCUGAUAGGGAUCCGGUGUUUUACUUGAUUUUUAAGUGUGAGUUGGUUGGUUAA